AUAAACAAGGUACAUAUGUGUGUAUUUAUUAUGUUGUUUACUACUUAUACUUACCUAUGUUUACCGUAUGUUAUCUGUAUUUACUAUUUUUAUCAUUGAAUGCUUUGUCUGUACCUUAUACUAUCGUCUGUUUAGUUCGAGGACGUAGUUUGUGUAUCUGUGCUUGUCUGUGAUUUUUUAUUAUUAUUGUAUUAACCAAUAAACAAAAGUACUCUAUUUAAUUAAUUCAGUUGUUUUAUAUGAUAUGAUACCUUGUAACAAUGAUAGUUAGAGGUCUAAAGAUUAUUUUUACAUAUAACUCCUCCUUAUGCAAGGCACAGUGUUUACGCAAAACAAUUAAUUUUCAUACGUCGGCAUUCUUGUCAACAUCAGCUGUUCUAAAGGAGGAGAAAAUAAAAGUUGGGGAUUAUGAUAUCAAUUAUCUAAAACUCGGGAAUGGGCCACGCAACGUACUGUGCGUGCCAGGAGCUCUUGGGUCUAUAUGGACCGACUUCAAGCCACAAGUGCAAGGUUUUGACCGGGAGAAAUUCACGUUGGUUGCGUGGGACCCUCCAGGUUACGGAAAAAGCAGGCCUCCCGACAGGAAUUUCCCAACUGAUUUUUAUGAAAAGGACGCAGAUUAUGCUUAUGAAUUUAUGAAGGCCAUAAAGCUGCCAAAGUACUCCGUGUUGGGAUGGAGUGACGGCGGAAUUGUUGGUAUGAUCCUCGCCGCCAAGCAUCCAGAUGCUGUUGACAAACUGGUCGUUUGGGGCAGUAAUUCGUUCAUCCUACCCAAUGAAAUUGAAUUAUAUAACAAGGUCAAAGACAUCAGCGCAUGGUCCAAGAAAAUGAAGGAACCCAUGAUUGAAUUAUACGGCGAUAAGUUCGCCAGUUACUGGGCUGAAUGGGUAGAUGGUGUAAUAAAUGUGUUCAAAGCCAACAAUGGAAAUAUAUGUUCAGAAAGGCUGAAGGAUAUUAAAUGUCCCACAUUAAUAUUGUACGGAGAGAAGGACCCAAUGGUGGAUAGUGUGCAUGCCUCACAUCUACACACACACAUUGAUAAUUCACGAUUAUAUCUCUACCCGGAUGGCAAACACAACAUUCAUAUAAAAUACGCCGAGGAUUUCAACAGAAGAGUACAAGAGUUUUUGUUACAAACAUAACUCAAUGUUUCGUUACAAAUGUUUUUUAAAUCGCAUAAUUUUCUAUUAAACGUAUCUAUAGCUAACUAAAUGUUCAUUUUUCGUUGUUAAUGAAAUCCAUUGGCAAACUAAUAAUAAUAUUAGAAAAUGUUACCUAAGGCGCAUCUGUAUGCUGUAAUUCUGUGACGACUGUACUGUAAGUUUAUUUACAUUACUUCUUCAAUGUCUCGAAAUGGUCCUUUGAGCCGGACAAAGACCAUGACAUUGUUUUUAUUAGGGAUAUUGUUUCUGGAACUAUGUUAAUUCUGUUUUAGAUUAUGAAUAUAUAAAACGGGGAAAACAAAAGAACGUAACAAUAUUCCCAUAUUUUCAUUUACUCCUUAUUAAGCAUGUUUCAUUUCUGAACAAAACAAUUUACAAUAACACAAAUUCAAUGUAAAACGAAUAAUGACUUGUUUGUCCGUACUGUACAACUGUGAACUGGCGUCUUGGACGCUACAAACAGACAUUCCUGUAUGGCUGAACAAUCACACGCACAUCAUUUUGUUCAUUAGCAUGUUACAGUUUUGACUACACAUUACUAUGGGCAUUGGUUAGUGAAAAAAAAUACUAAACAAUUCUUUUUACAAUUAUUAAAUGACUGAAUGAAACUGUGACAUAAAUUAUAAAUAUGUUCAGAGCCUAACUAUAAAUCAUCAGUCAAUAUUAAAAUAAGGGCGAACACAUACGAGCGUAACGCGAGUGUGGUUGUGUUAGUACAAAACAAAACAAAUAUUUGCGUUGCAUUUCCACUAAAAUUUCAUAUAAAAGGUGACAUUCUUAUUAAUCAAACGCAACUCUCGACUCGCAAAACUACGUUCGUGUGACUCCGCCCUAAAUAUGCUUCAACAAUGUAAACAUGUGUUUCAUUUUAAUAAAUAUUUAUUGCAUUUAUUGCACUGUGUAUAACAUAUCAAAAACCUGAUCUACAAUUUAGUAUUGUAUUUACACAAUUUAUCUACCAGUAAAUGUAUAAAAAAUGUUUACAUUAUAUCAAGGCACACGUUAUGAGCUGUCCGCGACAUAAGCGCGGCGCCGCGCACACUUUACUGUAUAUGACUUUAUAAAUUACGUUUUACAAGUAUAUAAACAAACACACAUAAGCGGCCUACCUCGAUAAAUACGUAAGAAAAUAUCAUGACCAUAUCAAAUCAUUCACUAAUUCAUGUAAGCUUCUCUUAUCUCAUAAAUAAUUUCUCUAGUUACAAAAAUAGUAUACACUGAAUGGAACAACACUAGAUAUCGCGGGGGAAGCCCCGUCAGCACCAAGUUAGCUGCACUGCCUUCGCGUGAGUCUAUGUCUAUACAGAUCUAUACAGAACAGGGGCGAAGCUAGUGAUGGGCAAGCACAGAUACAUUUAACCUAAGCUGACUAAAUACUCAGUAUAUAAUUAAUAAAUACUGAGUUCUUACUGCUGAGUAUUUACUCAGUGUCACGUAAAAAAAUACUUUUUAUACAUAAUAUAAUAAACAACUCUCACUUACUAAUAUCAUACAUCGCGUUUUAUUCCCAAACUAAGUAGAAGUUAUAAUGAGGAUACUAGGCAACAGAUAGACAUACUUAAAUACAUAAAUAAAAUAACUAGGUUAAAAUAAAUACCCAGAUCAACAUAGACAUAUUCAUAAAUGUUUGUAUUAUGCGAAAAUGAAACCUACUUUAUGAAUCAUCUUCGCCAGUGUUAAACCGUUACAACACCUACAUCAUCAUCACAAAACUCACUCACAAACAUACACUGUAUAUUGUAUACAGUGUAUGUUUGUGAGUGAGUU